CGAAUUCCUAACUGCAGUCGAACAGCCCCUGAGAAACUUUUAUCGUCCUCAAAUCAUUUCAGGCCUAAGUGAAAAGGUUGGAGGGGAAGUUGGGGAGAGUGAGAAUCAUCUAGAGGGCGAGGAGAAAACCCUGGAGGUACCAUUCGAAUAUGAUCCUGAGGACCCCGCAACAGCGCAAGAGAAGGGUCGAGUCAGUCUCCGAGCACGAGAGCCCCGUCUCCGAUCGCCGGCUUGUACCUUAUGUCGAACCAUCCGACGAGAUGGUCUGCACCUAUCACUGCCGUCAGAUGGUUUUUCGUAGGUGCAAGCCUUUAUGGCUAAUUACUUUAUGUAACGAGGGAGAACUUUCGAUCAAGGUCAAGUCAGAGUUUUUUGCAGCUUUGAACACAGCAGAAAAGCAAAUUCUUGACUUCAAAUCUAGACUAGAUACUUUGAACAAUGAUCUAUGCAAUAGUGAGGAGGAGCGUCAAAAGUAUCGGGAUCAUUUCUAUUCGGUCGAACAGGAGCUUCAGGCCUCAAAAGGCCGAGAACAUGCCCUGAAGGAACAACUGCUGAAGGAAAUUACCGAUUAUCAAGAAAGAUAUCAUACCCAGCUGAAACGAUGCAGCGAGCUUGAGGUACAGCUGAAAAAAGAAGUUGAAGUUCGUAGAAAUGCUGAAUUGUUGGCUGAGACAGCAGAAGAAAAAGCGGCAACUGUUGAAAAGGAACUUCUUCUGGUUGCUGAGAAAAAUGAAAGGGAGAAAAACCGUCUACAUUUGUCUUUCUUGCAUUUGCAAGAUGAAUCAAAGCUGUCUCUGUCAAGGGUGAAUGCUGAGCUUGAAAGAAUGAGAAUCCGAGCUGAUAGCUUUGAGCAAGAAGCAGAACUACUGAAAAAGAGCUUAGUGGAUUUAAAAGAACAACUGAAUGAGUGUCUCCAUGAGAAGAGUCAAUUAGAGUGCAAGUUAUCAAGUUGUGAUUCUCCAUUGGUUAAAGCCGGCCCCUCAGAGUACCCCACUUUGGUGAAGCAUCUAAAGGAUGAACUUCGGAAGGCUGAGGCUGAAUUACUAGAGGCCAGACAAUUAAAAUCUUUUCGUAUGAAUAAAGAACUAUUGAUAGAGCAGCUAUUGGAGGAAAAAGGUCACAGGCAGAAGGCAGAAAUGGAGCUUAAUCAAUUACAGGAAAUUCAAGUACAUGCUCAUAUGCUAGAAUCUGAAUUAGCAUCUUGGAAAUCAUUGCUGAAUCAGAUACCUGAUGUGUCAUGCCAUGAUGACAUACCCAGAAAAUUUGCUCUGCUGCAGAAAGAAACAAUUGAAAGUAUGCUUAAAGUUGGUGAGACUAAUGCACGUUUGAAGGAGCUUCAAGUAACCUUGGAAAUGGCAAAUCUUAAUAAAGAACAUGCUGAAAAAGAAUGCAAACUAGAAAAAGAGAAGGCCGAAUGUGCGUCUUUAGAGGUUAAGAAGCUUGAGUUGAUGCUUUCAUCUGUUUCUGAAGAAUGUGAAAAGCUAAAGAAGGAUGUUGUUAGCUUGACUAAGCGUAAGAGUGGACUCUCGAGCAGUUGUCAAACAACUGAAGCAGUUAGUAAGGACCUAGAAACAUUACUUGAGCAAAAAGAACAUUCUAUUCGAGGACUGGAGAGUAAUUUAUGUCAACAGAGGGAAAUUAUUAAUCGUCAACAUGCUGAAAUCAAAUUAUUGAAUGAGAGUCUCAGUGUUGAAACAAAGAAGGUGAAGUCACUAGAGAGGGAGAAUGAUCGGUUACGAUCUGAGAUUUCUUUGCUUGAAUCGAAGCUCGGACAUGGUGAUUACUCAGCAGCAAAUACGAAAGUACUGCGGAUGGUGAAUUCUUUAGGCAUUGAUAAUGAAGCAAAGUGCACUAUAGAAAUCUUGCGUGCUGAACUCCAGAAAGCUAAGGCAAAGUUGCAAGCUAUUGAAGAGCUAAGUGGACAAUCAGAUGCAGGCAAUGUAAUCAGUGUAGGCAUACCUGAAAAACUAUCACAACUUAAAGAACAAAUUGCAAUACUUGAGAAGCGUGAAGAAAGAUACAAGGCUGUUUUUGCGGAGAAGAUUUCUGUUUUUAGAAGAGCAUGCUGUUCGCUAUUUGGCUACAAGAUUGUAAUGGAUGAUCAACAACGUCCUAAUGGGAUUCCUGUGACGCGGUUUACUUUACAAUCUAUUUAUGCACAGAAUGAUGAUGAAAAACUUGAGUUUGACUAUGAAUCCGGAAAUGCAACCAUUCUGGUCAAUGACUACACUUCUCAGAGGGAAAUAGAUCAACAGGUUGAUAUAUUUGUACGAAAGAUGAACUCAAUUCCUGCCUUCACAGCAAACUUAACAGUGGAAUCAUUUAACAAGCGUACCUUAACCUGAAGCACAAGCCCUACUGUUUAUCGUUUCUGACGAACAAGUAGAAGACCAUGGGAAGUUGGGCAUAAGUGGGAAAAGGAAAGACCUCUCACAUUUUUCAUUUUGGUUCAUGACGAGCUUUCUGCUGCUGGUGCAAUACCUUCAAACCUCACUUGCCUUUCUUCUUGAUCAUCUAAUUGUAUAUUCUUGUUGAUUUAGAUAUUAUAUUCAGCCUGUUUCUACUUGAAAUUAGUGUGUCAUAAAUUAUGCCAUGAAUGCUCAAUUUUGCACAACUGACCCCCCUAAUUCAUGCUUUUCAACACUACUUUUCUGGUUAUUCCGAUUGUAAUGGCUAUUUUUAAUGAAAAUUGGCUCAAAUC